CUUAGACGUCCCCGACCACCCGCUAAACUUUAGAUUAGGGUUACGUAGGUUUCUAAAGUCUAUUGUUCUACGUGAAUCUGUAAUAUGGACGUAAGCCCUGGUAAUGCAAGGAGGAAGAGAGCGGUUCUAUAUAAAGUGGUUGGUUGUGAUUACCCUUCAGCAUUGCGCGUAUACCAGGCGGGUCAGUACAGACGUAGUCAACAUUCCGUACUGUCGUCUGCUAUUACUGAACAGUUCAUGGACGUACUGUAGCAGGGUAAUACAGAAACAAGUCUGGAUUUGACACGAGAAGGCGGCAUUGAAAGCCGUGUAAGAUUUUAACUCAAGGGCAUUCGACCAGCUACCACCCUGGCAUCCUGGUGCGAGAUCGGUCUCCCUUCCCACAACCCCUUGCAACUCGAUUACCCGGGUCCGAUUCCCAGUAGCAGACGACAAGUUGCCGGAUUUGUUGCGAUGUCGUACACAUCCAUGUUUACAAUAUCGCCCCACGAAGUAGGGAAAAUGGUGCGAUCAAGACUAAAAAGCGAGGACGAUGAGAAACAGUGUUUUAUGCUCCAAAUCAUUCUCCAACCAGUGUAUAGUGACUCGGACGUUCCAAACUCGUGUUUCAAAAAGCUCCCCCGACUUGUGAAUGGAAUUCCUUUGGGAGCCGGAUUAAUGUCGAAGGAUCAGCUGGGGAGUAUACGAUGGAGGUACAUAGAAGGAGGGAGGAAGAUUCAGACAUUCAUAUCAGAACCCAUACACAAGGACGAAGCCGAGGAGACGAAACGGACGCUCAAGGAUCGACUUGCAAAACAGUCUCAAGCCAUUUUUGGCGAUAUGACUGUAAAAGCAACGAUUGUGUUAUCCCAGUGUUUAGACUAUGACGAUGAUUUCAUCAUCAACGACAUUGCAGUUUCGUUGGAGGAGGGUUUACAUUUCCGAGAUUGAUACCGUCACUAUUGGUGUGUGAUAUUUUGUUAUCCUGUGAUGGAGGUACGUGUGUAAACAUAGCCAUUAUGUGGAGCUCCUCGCGCGUGCAUCACGUCUGUGCAUGCGCUGGUUGAACCAGUGCCAAUACAACAUCUGGUUCUUCUAUUACCGUCAGAAUACCUCUUCCCAGUGAUACAGAUACCUGGACCGCCUGCUUACCUCUAGCCUACAUCACCGGAACUCCUCAAUAUGUUGUGUUAUUCCACCCCAACCUGGUUCUCCAAAACAGACUGCUGACGUCAUAGUGACAUAGUUUUCCUAUUGUUACGUAUGUACACUACAUGUAUAUUCUUUGUAAAUAUGUGCGUUUUAUUCUGUUAGAAAAAGAAAUCUGAUUCCGUUCAGUAACUCGGUUUUUAUAAAGUUUUACUUCAU